AUAUCUUACGGCUUAAAGAUUGUGGACUUAAAGAGGUAAAAGUCGCGUGUAUCUACAGCAGAUAUAUCGUAACUAUCGUAAUUAUAGCUGUUACUAUUUGAUAAUACCGCUUUAUCUUGUGCAAGUUUCUUCUGAUGUACAUUCUAUACUAGACUCAUUCAUAGCAUUCAUUCUAUAGUAUUCAUGUGAUGUAACACAUAAAACUGUAUGUCACGUGUGUUAAGAACUGUCACGUGGUCACAUAAUUGCAUGUGCUGUCUUUCACGGUCUAUUACAUUUUUAGUCUUUGACAGACCACAGCUAAUUCGAGUGCUAACGCUCGUGACACUUAACCUACUUCCCACAGUGACGAGUUGAUACAAUAUCAAAAGAGUCUUGAAGCUCUCGGGUCAUACCGUGAUAGAUCUCGGAGUCAGGUAGAAUUUUCAAUUCAAGAUGGCAGAGACACUAGAGUUUACACCAGUAUACGACGAUGUCACUGCGAAAUUCCUCGAGAAUGAAUUUGCGAGGCUUAAGGGUAAGUGGUAGAUUUCGCAGAAGCGCAUUGUUUGAACUGUAUAAAUUCGAUGCGUGUCGACUCGAUAAACUCCAUCUCUCUGUAUGCGACGCGAGUCAUUUGCACGGCGCAUAAUAGAAGUCGAAGGCUGUCGUCGAUUCUGAGUCAUCGUGUACAAACAUUCGCAUUUACUGAGAUAAAUAUAAAGAAUAUAAUAGAAAUAACUAUAAAGUUACGUAGGAGAAAAAUAAAUCGACGUGCUCUUACUUCAGGAGAAUGUUAUGUGGAUCAUGCGGGCGCAACUCUGUACUCGGAUACGCAGAUCAGAGACGUCGCAGCCGAUCUACAUCGCUGUCUUUAUGCUAACCCGCACUCGGUCGGUAUUCCCAGUUCAUCGACGCGAGAUAUCAUCGAUCAUAUGAGAGAUCGAAUUUUGAGUCACUUCAAUACUAUUCCGGACGAGUAUAGCGUUGUCUUCACUUCGGGCGCUACGGCGAGCCUGAAAACAAUUGCAGAAGCGUUCUUGUUCGAGGCGCAUGGAAGUAACGGGACGGGGCGACAUACGGGAAAUUUUGUUUAUGUCCAAGACAAUCAUACAUCGGUCCUCGGGAUGCGAGAUGUAGUCGCUGCCAGAGGUGCCGAGGUCAUUUGUCUCGAUCAUGAUCAGGCAUUUCAAACUUUCGAGCAGUACACGACUUCUCGCGAUCCCGACGACGAAAGGCGUAAGAGCGGCAAUUCGCUUUUCGUGUACUCUGCGCAAUGCAAUUUUUCCGGGUUUAAAUAUCCACUUAAAUGGAUCAGGGAUGUACACGCGGGAGCAUUAUCCGCUGUCGUCGGUGAACAAUCAACCGGCUGGUAUGUUCUACUCGACGCCGCCAGUUUUGCGCCGACGAAUAAUCUGGAUUUGUCUAUUUUCAAACCAGACUUUGUGUCUCUGUCUUUUUACAAAAUGUUCGGCUAUCCGACCGGCAUCGGCGCUCUGCUGGUUAAGAAUUCUAGCGCAGACGUCCUGGGAAAGAUUUAUUACGGCGGCGGUACCGUGGACGUCGCUCUCGCUUCUGAAAUGUUUCACAGGAAACGUCGAAUGUUACAUCAAAGAUUCGAAGACGGAACCUUGCCGUACUUAUCGAUUGCGUCGUUGCGAUACGGCUUCGACAUAUUGUCGAAACUCACUAUGGACAAGAUAUCGGAGCACGUUUUCUCCCUCGCCAAAAUUUUCCAUCAUUCCUUAUUAACGUUGCAUCAUCGUAACGGCAAAUCGGCCGCAAAAUUGUACGCAGACUCUGAUUACGAGGAUCGUAACUCGCAGGGAGGUAUCGUUACGUUCAAUCUCAUCCGUUCCAACGGCGAAUACGUGGGUUAUAUGGAAGUCGUAAAUAUGGCAGCGCUAUUUAAAAUACAUCUCAGGACGGGUUGCUUUUGUAAUCCCGGUGCGUGCCAGAGACACUUAUGCCUCGCGACCGAGACGAUUCUUAAAAAUUAUGAAGCGGGAUACGUGUGCGGCGGUACCGUAGAUAUAGUGAAUCGAAAGCCCACCGGAGCUGUGAGAGUCUCUUUUGGCUAUAUGUCCACGAUUCAAGACGUCGAGACGGUUUUACUCAUGAUUACAAAGUGUUUCGUUGACGGACCGAGCAUCAAAAAAUUUCCGGAAUGGUGGGAAGACUACAGAGUGAAAACUGCUAAAAAAUAUAAAGAAAAACAUUUUUACAAUUCCAACAUCUUAGAUCAAGCCACUAUUAACCCGAAUAACGAUAAGAAUAAUAUGAACAGUAAUAUGAGGAACAAUCUCCACGGUAAAAACGAAAAUCUCAAUGGCAUUGUGAGUUUUGUCAACUUUGAUAAAACGAUUAUGCGAGCAAACAAAUGCAUCUUGCAGCGAUUAUUUAUUUAUCCUAUAAAAUCGUGCGGCGCGUAUGAGAUUGUAGACAUGUGGAAUCUAAAUUCAAAGGGUCUAGAAUACGACAGAGAGUGGAUGAUAGUAACAUCCUCUGGAAUUUGUUUAACUCAAAAACAUCAAACGAAUUUGUGCUUAUUGAAGCCUGUUAUUCUUAGAAAAAAAAAUAUCAUGGAACUGUCAUAUCCAGGAAUGCCAACAAUUGUAGUAUCUUUACAGACUACUUAUAAAGAAUCAAUUAAGCAUUCUAUAUAUCAAAGUAGAGUGUGCGAGAGCAGAGUAGAAGGUAUUGAUUGUGGAUUAGAAGUUUCUGAGUGGCUAAGUUUGGCACUGGGAAAACCAAACCUCAGAUUAAUUAGACAAAGUCAAGGGAGGCAAAAAAAAGGAUCAGACAAGGAAUUAUCAUUUUGUACUCAGGCACAAUAUUUGGCAGUAAAUGAUGCGAGUGUGUCAUGGCUCAUUGACAAGGUAUCUGAUGAUAUAGAUUUCAAGAAAGAUACAGCUGUGCAUCGAUUCCGGGGAAACAUUAUCCUGAAAGGUUGCAAUGCUUUUGAAGAAAUGCAAUGGCAAUACAUUCGUAUUGGGAAUAACAAUUUCAAGGUAAAUGGCCCUUGCACAAGAUGUCAAAUGAUAUGUAUUGAUCAAACAACUGGCAGGAAGACUAUUGAGCCAUUAAGAACAUUAGCAGAAGAAUUUCAUGGAAAGCUAAAAUUUGGAAUUUACUUGACAAGAUUAGGGAUUACGCAAGGCGUACUUAAAAUUGGUGAUGAUAUUCACUAUUCUUGAAUACGUAAUGUUUCAUGAACAUUAUUAACUGUUGAAUGGCUUAUGGUUAUAUUACACACACAUUAAUAUUAAUUUACCAGAAGCCUAUUAUCGAGAAAUCUCCUAUUUUAUUUUAUAUGUGCUAAUGAUUUAACUGUACCUGAUUUUUAAUAAAACUUUUAUAAUAAUA